UUGUGGUUCUCUCUACCAUUUGCCCAUCUUUUCUGCUUUUUUCUGCGUGAUGUUAGCUUUAUUAGCCAUGGAAGCAACAGCAGUAAUGUUCAUGGUGUUGCUCUCUGCAGUUCACCAUGUUCAUGGCGAUGAACAGUUGCAGAAGGUGUUAACAACAGAAAACAGCGGCUGUGAUUUGUUUGAAGGAAGUUGGGUUCGUGAUGAAUCGAAUCCUGUCUAUGAAACUUCAAAAUGUCCUUUCUUAGAGAAGGAGUUUGAUUGCCUGAAAAAUGGCAGACCUGACACAGACUAUCUCAAAUACAGAUGGCAGCCCGCUGCUGCAAACUGCUCCCUUCCAAGAUUUAACGGCGGAGAUUUCUUAUCAAAACUGGAAGGGAAAAGCAUAAUGUUCGUUGGAGAUUCACUAAGUUUGAACCAAUGGCAAUCACUCACGUGUAUGCUUCACGUAGCUGUGCCCAAUGCUUCGUAUACCUCCGUCAGGACCGGAGGCCUCUCCACCUUCACUUUCCCGGAAUACAAAGCAAAAGUGAUGUUUUCACGCAAUGCAUUUCUAGUAGACAUAGUGAAUACAAGUAUAGGAACUGUUCUGAAACUGGAUUCCAUUGAAGCUUCUAAAUUAUGGAAUGGAGUUGAUGUUCUGAUCUUCGAUUCUUGGCACUGGUGGCUUCACACCGGAAGAAAACAACCAUGGAAUUUUAUCCAAGAGGGUAACAAUGAAUACAAAGACAUGGAUCGAUUGGUAGCAUAUGAGAAGGCAUUGAAUACAUGGGCUAACUGGGUGGACGCCAAUGUUGAUCCUUCAAAAACCUCCGUCUUUUUCCAAGGAGUUUCCCCCGAUCAUAACAACGGAAGUGACUGGGGAGAGGACACGGCGAGGUUUUGCAAGGAGCAAAAGCAGCCAUUCCAAGGUUCCGAAUAUCCGGCAGGCCCUCAUCGAGCAGAGCAAGUUGUGGAGAGAGUAUUGGGAGCUAUGCAAAAGCCAGUGUAUUUGCUUAAUAUCACUGCACUUUCUCAGCUAAGAAUUGAUGGCCAUCCCUCCGUCUACGGCAGUGGAGGUCACACGGGUAUGGAUUGCAGCCAUUGGUGUCUGCCUGGUGUUCCUGAUACUUGGAAUCAAUUUCUUUAUGCACUUCUCCUUCAAAUUUAUGGCUAGCUACCCAUUUCACAUUACUCAUUCCCAUCAUAUUUUUUAUUAUUUUUUUCAGAAAUC